UCCGGGCGCGCGGCGCGGAGCCGGGCGGUGGGAAUGGAGUGAGCGGAUUGAGGCCGCCACUGCAGCGCCGCCGGCAUGAACUUGGCCACGAGCUGAAGCGGCCGGCGGCGGGCAGGCGCGGGGGCACCGGUCGCUAGCCAGGGGGUGAUCUGCAGCUAGGCCGGACCACUCGGCGGGCGCCCGAGGCCAGCCUGCCCACGCCAGCGGCUGCCCGCCCCUCGGGCACUGCCCCCGCUGCCGCCGCCGCGGGAGCUCCGCAGCACGCCCUGUGUCUAGGUCGUUUGGGAAGCGCCUUGGAGAGUCAAGAAUAAAAGUGCAGGUCAAACAAUGGAUGACUGGAAAAGUCGGCCUAUAAUCAAGAGCAUGCCUCCCCAUUUCGCCAUGGUGGGAAAUCGUCAGGAGCCCAGAAAGCUCCAGGAAUCGCCACAGGGAACCAUUAAGAGGAGACAGGAAGGAGAUAGCUUCCAGUUUCCAGACAUGGCUGAUGGGAGUUACCCUAAUAAAAUCAAGAGGCCUUGCCUUGAGGACGUCACCCUCUCUGUGGGUGCAGGCGCCCAGCCCAGUCUGGCCUGCGCGGAGCUGCAGGUUCCUCAUCUAACAGUGAACCCUGGCCCUGCAGCUAUGGGAGUGGCUGGCCCUGCGUUACUGCUGGAAAAUAAUCCCAUGAACGGCAGCGUAGUGGGCUCACCCUUUGUGGUGCCAUCGACUGUGGAAAUGGGCCUCAAAGGACCCGCUGUUCCUUACUAUGACAAGUCCAACAGCGUGCCGGCAGUGGACCAGGAACUUCAGGAGCUGCUGGACGAGCUAACCAAAAUUCAAGAACCUUCUCUGAAUGACCUAGAUCUUGAGAAGAUACUGGGGAGCAAGCCAGAAGAACCCCUGGUCUUGGAUCAUCCACAGGCAACCCUAGGCACAACUCCCAAGCCUUUGGUUCAGAUACCACAAUUGGAGGGCCUUGGUUCCGGCAAGGAGUUUGCUUCUAGUUGCAGCCAGGUCACCGGUGUGUCUCUCCAAAUCCCGCCCUCCUCCGCAGGGCUCAGCUACAGGAUUCCCGCCACCAGUAAGCAGAUGGCCUCACCCAGCUCUUCGACAGUGCAGGCCAAGACCCACGGCCAGGCCCUGAUGCCCACCACACUGCCUCUGCCUCCCGUGCCUCAGUGGCACCACGCCCACCAGCUGAAGGUGCUGGCAGCCAGCAAGCAGGGAUCGGCCACCAAGCCUCCCGGGCCCGCUCCGUGUUGGUCUGGUCCACCUGGCCUGUCCCCGCCUUACCGCCCUGUGCCAUCGCCGCCACACCCGCCACCGCCCUUCAGCCCUCAGAGCCUCAUGGUGUCCUGCAUGUCAUCUGGCAGCCUGCCGGGUAGCACCCUGCAGGCUUCCCCCAACGCAGGGCUCUCGGGCGUGGCAGCCAGCGGUACUGUCCUCGGGCCCGUGCUGCCUUAUGGCCCCGAGAAGCUGCCCAGCCCAGCGCUCAGCCAGCAGCCGACGUUCAGCCCACAGAGCUCCAUCUUGGCCAACCUGGUGUCCUCUGCCGUGAAGAGCCCUCAGGGGCACCUGAUGGCCGCCCUGCCAGCCAGCAACCCAGGGCCCUCCCCGCCCUACCGGCCGGAGAAGCUGGCCAGCCCGGGCCUGCCGCAGCAGUCCUUCACACCCCAGUGCGCCCUGGCCCGCAGCCUCACACCUGCCACACAGCCGCUUGGCCAGCCACCACAGCCCAGUGCCCUCUUCAAGCCCAUACCCACCAGCGACCCCAAAGCCCUCAGCAUGAUCAUGCAGCAGCAGGGGCUGGCCAGCUCCAGCCCAAGAGCCACAGAGCCAUUCACUUUCAGCAACACCAAGCCCUUGUCACAUUUCAUUUCUGAGCCGGGGCCCCAGAAGAUGCCCCCGCUGCCCACCGCCUCUCGGCAGCCUUCCCUGCUGCACUACCUGCAGCAGCCGACACAGACGCAGGCCUCUUCUGCCACGGCUUCCUCCACCGCCACGGCUACCUUGCAGCUGCCACCACCGCCGCCUGACCAUCCUUCGCUCCUUCUGCAGCAGAUGAUGCAGCAGCCCCAGCGCCUGCAGCGAGCUGGGGCCUCGGAUUCUUUGCCUUCUCUGCCCCGACAGGCCUGUUGCCAUCUGUUUUCAUGGACUUCCGCGGCUGGCGUGGCGGAGCGCCAGCAUCAGCACUGGAACUCUUACCAUAGCAGGCAAGAUCCUCAGCUUGGAGACGUGUCACCAUCUAACAUUACUCAUGUAGACAAAGCCUGCAAGCUUGGGGAAGCCAGGCCUCCCCAGGUCAGCCUCGGGCGACAGCCCCCAUCCUGCCAGGCCCUGGGGAGUGAGUCCUUCCUGCCCAGCAGCUCCUUUGCUCAUGAGCUGGCCCGAGUCACCUCCUCGUACAGCACCUCAGAGGCAGCGCCCUGGGGCAGCUGGGAUCCGAAGGCCUGGAGGCAGGUGCCUGCUCCACUACUGCCUAGCUGCGACGCUGUAGGAAGAAGGCUGUCUUCCUGUCACUUCAGCGGAAAAGUCAGAGAGCAAGAGAAGCAGAGAUCAGGUCUUACGGCAAUGACCCCUGAACAGCGGAGCGCAUGUAUCGCCCAACAGAUGAGUCAAUUUCAAGCCAUCCAAGAACAAGUCACCUCCAAGUGUAGCUGGACCAAGGCAAGUCCCCCAUCCAGUCCCCCAUCCAGCCAGAACAUGAUGUCACCCACCAGGCAGCAGAGCCGGGAUGGCAUGGGCACAAUCUCACUGCCUGCAGGCAAGCAGGAAGGAAUUGUCAGCUCCAGUGCCCCGUUCCCCCUGCCCUCACACCAGAGUGCCCCAGGCAGCCUUGGCACCGCCUGCCGGCGUAUGCAAAUUCUCAAGGCUGCCCACUCGGGAGUGCCCCUGCCCAGGUUCUGUCCCAGCCCCUUGAGCAGCCAGCCCCUGAGUCCCCACCAGCUGAGACAGCCCUGUGUGCCGAGAAUGCCCACCACGUUCCGCAGUGCCCCAUGGGCGGUGGCAGCAGCUGCAUCCACGGCGCUUGCGGGGGAACCACCCCCAAGCCAGGUGGGUAACAGCACCCAGCAGCAUUUUGAUAGCAACUCGAUCUUCACCAAGGCACUGGUGAGAGGGCCCCUGGUAGCCCCCACAUUGCCAUCUCAGCAGGCAGUUGUGUCCCCCCAUCAGGUGGCCCUGGGAGGCAGACCUGAUCAGAAGGCAUAUGCUGCCCUGGUCAGCCCCAGCCUGCUGGGCCAUCAGGGCCUCAGACAGAGCCCAGUGCGGGGUCCUGUGCCUGUGCUGAAUGCCUCCAAGUCCCUCCCACAGGGCAUGGCUGGCUUUGGUCCUGUGAGCCCCAUACAGGGCAUUGAGCCACCAAGCUACGUGGCCGCUGCUGCUGCCGCAGCCACUGCCUCUACCAUCACUGCCAGCCAGUCCCCGGGUCCAUUCAAUAGGAUAGGUACCCCCCCUGAGCGGCCACAGUCUGACUUUUUGCCCCAGCCCUUGCCCCAGCUAAGUGAUCUGGGCUCAGCACCUGACUGCAGUGAGGUGGAUUUCGUUGAAGCUCUGUUGAAAAGCCCCAGCGUCAGCCCAGCUGAAGGCUGGGUCUGCGACCUGAGGCUGAUAGAUGACAUUCUGGAACAGCACGCUGCUGCCCACAGUGCCGCAACCCAGAACACGAGCAGACUUUAAAUGCCCAAACAAACCCCCAUGUUGACAUCCCUUUAGGGAGUGGCAUGGACCUACAGCAAAUUCACAACUGACCCCAGACAGGGCACAGUUGUCUCCACAUUACAAUUUGAGUGGUAUCAGCCCAUGUACAUCCCUGUCUCUACCUGUGACAAAACGGAAAGCUGGUGAUUUUUCAAGCUACCUGUACAUAUUUGAAAAUUUUGUAAAUGUUUUUCCUAAACAUUGAUGACAGAAGUAUUUAUACUUCAUUUUGUGACUUUGUAAAUAAAGUGGCGGCUUCCGUUUCGGUAGAGUUAUGUUUAUUACGCAUUGUUUGUGUUUGUUACCCAUUGUCACAAAUACACAGCCUUGUUCGCUGCAGCACUACCUUGUUAAGCUCCAGCUCUACCUUAGAAACCAGGUGCCUGACUUGCUUCUGGUCUCCGUGCAGAGGUGGACGUGAUCAAGAGGUCUUAUGCAAACUGACAGAUGCCAAAUAGAAAACCACUUGGCCAUUUAUUUCCAUUUUCACUAAAAAUUCUAUUGCCUUGUAUGAUACUUAAUCUCUUUUGCAAACCUUUCCGCCUCCGCUAGCUCUUUCCUAAUGAGCAAUAUUACAGCAGCAGCCAUUGUAUCAUAAAUGUCCUGCAGAAGAAAUUUACCAGGAGGCUUGAAAGCAUCCUGUAGGUUUGGAAGAGGUGAAGAGAGAGCAUGUGUGCUGUCUGGGUCUGAGCUGUCCACCUUGAGGAUAUAAAGGUUCCUCCCUUUAUUGUUCACAUGAACAGAAAUUCCCCAGUUUGCACUUCUCCAGGGGCACCCAUGCAGGAUAGAGGUGAGAUGUUCCUGGUUUAAAAUGUUUCAGUACUUGUUUUAAUAUAACGCUGUGUGCUUUGGGGUAAAAGUCUGUAAACAUUAAUAGUUGAUUUGGGAUUUGUCUUUGAUGGGUUUCUAUCUGCAAUUUUUCUCAUGUAUAUUUAAGUGUCUGUUAUAAAAAAAAAAACCCAAACCCACUGUCCUGUAAACUUCUUUGUGUCCAGACUCUGUGUAAUCACGUUUUAAUGGCACUUCCUAUUCACCUCUACAUUUGAAAUCUGGCAUCUGUUUCAAGCCAGUGCGUUUUUUUCUUCGUUCUGUAAUAAACAGC